AUGACUCUUUCAAAACUCAGUCCUUGUCGUUCAUUAUUAUCCAUCAAAGUGAAUGAAAUUUCAUUCCGAAACCGUCAUCUUCAAUAUAACACCACACCUCAUCGGACUCAUCAAACUCUCAAGAAUAUUGUUCUCGUCCAUGGAUGUUUUGGAUUUGCAUCUCAAUUUUGUUUAUUAGAAAAGAAAUUAUUGGAACAUGGUUCUCGUCAUGGAUUGAAUUUUAAAAUAUUAAAUUAUUGUUAUCCUUCUCCGAGACAAUCGAUUGAGAGAUCAUCGGAAGAAUUGUUACAAUUUUUGAAUGAGAAUCAGGAUAUGACUGGAUCGAAACAUGUCUUGUCGAGUGUUGGAAACUUGUGGAAUCGAAAUGUGUUUACAAACAACAACAAUAUUGAACGUUUACCAAAUAUAGAUACUGUGAAUCCCUUGAAACAAGAAUAUCACUUUGUCACUCAUUCGAUGGGAAGUAUGGUCGUUAGGAGAUUGUUAGUGACACUCAUGAGUCAAUUAGAGACCUCUAAAAAUCAAUCUAAUCCUGUUCUUGACAUUUUACAUCAACAAGAAAUGUUAAAUCUCAUCCAAGUUUCACCUCUAUUGAGUGGAAAUGUUCGACUUGCAAGAAAUCUUUCUUUUUUACUUCCACUGGCAAAGAUACUUAGAAAAUAUGAACAUGAACCAACCAUUGUUGAACAGUUAAUGAUGAAUGAAUUGAGUGAUGACACAGAAUUCACAGAAAGGUAUUGGUGGCCAUCUCAUUCGCCUCUGUUUGGUAAGGUCCAAUUGACACAUGUGGUAACUUCAUUAUCGACUCUGAAAGAUUUGCCAGUCUCAAGCCAUACGAGUCAUAUAUUAUCAGAUCUUGUAUUGACCUAUGAAGAACAAACAUCGCGAGUGCCCUCUCAUAUGAAAAUUGAAUCUGUUUUAUUCAAGGCAGAUCAUAAUUCAGUCUUGUUGAGAAGACAAUGUAUUGAUAAGAUUUUGGAAAUUCUUUCCAAGCCACAAUAA